UUGACGUGGUCAGAAUAUCAAAAGAACUCUUCCGCCAAAACGGGAAAUGUCCUGAUAGACAAGUACGGCAAGAAUGACUUAAAUCGGCCCGGUGAGAACGGAACGGGUGUGCACCUUGUUGGAAAGGAGAAUGAGCGAGCCAACCAGCUUGUUGAAAAGUUAAACAUAAACGUUUUAGCCAGCGACAAAAUACCUCUCAACCGUAUGGUCCCGGACUCAAGAUUUAAUGGCUGCCGGUCAGUCACGUACCAGAACGAUCUUCCUACAGCCAGCAUCAUCAUUCCCUUCUUCGACGAGUGGCCGUCAAUCUUGCUGCGUACCAUAUACAGCAUUGUGAACCGGACACCGCGCAAACUGCUCAAAGAAAUCAUCCUUGUCGAUGAUGGGAGUCAGAUGGAGGAGUUGAAGUCCAAGUUAGAUGUCUAUCUAGAAUCUCAUUUUCCCGUGGGGCUGGUGAAAAUGAUCCGUGUUCCCAAUCGUCUGGGUCUCAUCCAAGCAAGACUGCUGGGGUACAGGAAUUCAACGGGUGACAUCAUCAUAUUUUUUGACAGCCACAUGGAGGUCAAUAUUGAUUGGCUGCAACCUCUUCUGACGGAAGUGAAGCACAACCGCAGGACCAUUGCCAUGGCAACCCUUGACUACAUACAGAAGGAUACCAUGGCGUACACGUACUACAAAGAUUAUAUGAUCAGAUACGGUUUCAACUGGCGGCUUGUCUUCUACGAGGAAUUUUUCCGGAAUGACCAAGUUGGCCCAAAACCGGAGUCUACCAGACCAGGUACGGUGAUGGUGGGUGCUGCCUAUGCCAUUGAUCGACAGUUCUUCCAGGAGAUAGGGGAAUAUGACGAGGGGAUGAAGGUGUGGGGAGGGGAGAACCUUGAAAUGUCUUGGAGGAUCUGGUUGUGUGGCGGCCGCCUAGUGCACACUCCGUGCUCGCACAUAGGUCAUGUGGCGCGCUAUCAGCCGUACAACUUCCCCGGGGGUCGGGUGCAGAUUGAACAGUAUAACUACAAGCGAGCGAUUGAGGUGUGGAUGGAUGAUGAACACAAGCAGAUCAUCUACAACUCCUUUCCAGAUAUGAUGACCCUUGACGUGGGCGAUCUAUCGGCAAGACGGGCGCUGAGAGCGAGGCUGCAGUGCAAACCUUUCACCUGGUUCACGGAAAAUAUAUGGCCGGAAUUAUUUGCUCUUAAUCGAAACGUGUUGGCAUGGGGCUCGGCGAAAAAUCUGAAUACGAGCAAAUGUCUGGACAACAACAACUACCUGUUCCAAUCGGAGGCGACCUUGUUACUGUGGCAAUGCCAUUACCAGUUCGCAUCGCAGGGUUUCUCGAUGACGCGCGAUGGCCGGCUUCGUACCUCUCUUCAGUGUGUCGUGGUGAAGGGUAGCAUCCCCGGGGUGCGACCCAUGCUCGAGGGCUGCAUCAACGGGCCCAAAGACACGUGGACACACUCUCAGAGUGGCUUCAUCAGGCAUGACAGCACGGGCUUGUGUCUAGAUAUAGACGAGUAUGGUGUCAUUAUGCAGUGUAACAAUGUUAGUGAAAUGACAGGAAGAAAAAGGAAAGAUAAGAAGAAAAGAAGCGAAAGUGAUGAGGAUUUUGAAGAUACAGUCGUCCAGGAUUCCAGGAAAAAAGUCGACAGGGUGGAAAAUAAAAAAGACUCCAUGGGCAUUGACAUAGAGGGGGUAAGGAGAAGGAUAUCGAACCUUGAACAGGUCAGCAACAGAUUAAGAGACGACAUGAACUAUGAGCAAUCACAGAGUAUGAGAAACAAUUUUAUAUUUGGCAACAUCCCAGAGGAAGAAAAUGAAACGCCGACAAAAUGCGAAGAAAGAGUUAGAACAUACAUGUCGGAGAAGCUAAAAUUGACCAAGUAA